AUGGUCUCACCUAGCAAGGAUCCGCCCAUAUCCCCGGCUGUGCUCAGCCUAUUUGAGUCUGACUUGCGUGCUUUUCUUCACGUCAAGUCUGAUGACGUCUGGGAAAAGCUCCUGUCCGUGGAUUCGGGUCAACCUUUCCGCCUUAACCUGUGGCAUUGUCUUUCCGUCAUUUGCUGUGAUCCCGAUAUGGAUUUCUUCCGCCUGCUGCAUGUUCUCUUUCCGCCUGAUCCGCCGGACGCGACCGUCAUUCCGCUGCAGCAUUGCGACUCCGCCUGGAAGUCCGCACUUGAUCACGCAGACCUGGUUGACGACUUGCUGGCGACUGAACUCCGUGAGGGGUGGAUCCGUCCGGUCCCCGGCAGGGACGAGGAGCUCCGGCGCCGCUAUCGCCACACUGCCGUGGGCAAACUGGGCGUAGUGGUCUCGCCUGACCGCCCACCCCGUCUUGUUGUGGAUAGUUCCGUCAGCGGCGUCACCUCUAAUACUCACCUCCCUAAUAAGGCCCCUAACCCCUCCUUGGCCGACGUCCGCAAGUGCCUUCCACUUUGCCCGGCUAACGAGUCCCUGGCCGCCCUGGUGCUUGACGUCUCCAAGGCUCACCGUCGCGUCCGCAUCCGGCAUGAUGAUCAGGGACUGCUUUGUUUCCGCCACCGCAACAUCCUGUACCAGUCCGUCACCCUUAACUUUGGUGCUAGGGCCUCAGGUUUCUAUUGGAACAGGGUUGCGGGUCUGUUAGUCCGACUCACGCACCGUCUGUGGCGUGUUCGUCACUCAGCCCAAAUUUACGUUGAUGACUUGCUAGCCAUUCUGCUUCGGUCAUCCGCGCCUCUCUUGUCCGCGCUGCUCGUUGUUCUGCUCUGCAUUCUUCGCGUCCCAAUGAGUUGGCACAAGGCCGCUCUGUCUGCCCGUGUGACUUGGAUCGGGUGGUCUUUUGAUUUCGAGACCUUCAUGGUUCAAUUAGAUCCCUCCAAAUUGCGUCGUCUGCUCGACUUACUCAGGCUGCUGUCCGACUCACCACGUUGCACAGUCUCGGCGCUCGAGAAGCUCACUGGAAAGCUCCUCUGGCUCAGCAACCUGUUCCAGUCAUUCCGGCCGUCUCUCGCCCCACUGUAUACAGACCAGCGUCGCCCUCUGCCCAACAUGUGCGCGAUUUCUGCCGAGAUCUACUCGUCUCUUCGUUCCUCCCUGUCUGAGGACCUUCGCAUCACCUCUCCCCUUCCGCUUGCGGCCAUUCCCGUGGGCUGCAAGCUGCUCCGUGUUGCGCAUACCCCGGUCUCCAACCUCAAAGAUGUCACUGAACACAUCUCGUCACGGCGUGUCUGGGUUCAGGUCGCCAACCCCCUCCGUCCGGAGAGGGAGCUCUCGCCGGAAUCUUUGGAGGUCCUCCGCAUGUGGCUCGCCCUCGCCAGCUCUCCGCAGCCCUUCAGGUCGUUACUGUACCGUCCGCUGUUUGUCUGCGAGGCCUUUGCGGACGCAUGUGCAGACUCCACUUCGGUGCUCAGCGAGUCGCAAAUCGUGCGGCUCUCCCAGGUGGAGCUACUGAGUCAGCUAAAGGCUUGGGGAGCAGAGUUCAACCCCCGAGCUUCUUUGCUGCGUCUUCGUGUGAUUCUGCUCGACGCGAUCCAGGCGUUUGACGCCCUUUCGCCCAAGGAGGAUAAGCGCCCGUGUCUGCCAAGCAUCAGCGAGUCCCAGCGUCAUCAGCUGGAGCUUCUGGGCAUAGGGCUGCGAGGAAAUGUGCAUGGAGAAGAACACGAGCUUGCCACAGAGACGGUCGUGGGAUCAGCUUGCAGUUGCUGCGUCCGUGCCUGUUGCAAGCUGCGCAUCACUCGCAGUGUUGAGUUGCUGGAGAAAGUUCCGGGUGUCUUGGACAAAGACUUGGACUUGCUCCUCUUGUCCUCCAAGCAAAUUCCGCUUCAUCAGCCCAAGGCACCCCAGCCUAUUUGUAUGGAUGCUGUUCUCAUAGGUGAUGAUGCUGCAGUCAUCCACCAGCUGCGGAACCUUGCAGUUGUGGCCGAACGUUCUGACAGAACUGCGCCAGCAUCCCCACCUCCGCUGCCACCUCCGGCGAAUGCGCCAGAUAGCCUUUGCAGGGAAUGCAGCGCUGAUUUGAAACAAGUUCGUGAAUCGGGCAUCACGGGCUUUUGUCAGGCCUGCUAUGAUGCCAACCUCAAGCGCCAUCAGGCCAUUCUGGCUUCUUUCGAGAACGAGGGUGAGGCUGUUGCUCCAGCGGAACCGCCUGCACCGGCGCGUGCAGCCAUAGAGGAUGAGGAUGUUCAAGCAGUUCCGGCGCAACCUCCAAACAACGCCGCUGAAGCCUUACCUUCCUCAAGUUCUGCGUGGAGUGCAUGUACUUGGUUUCAGAAAGUGAAGGCCGAGGAGGGUGUUCGCAAAUCUGACGCCAUGAAGGAGUGGAAGACACUCUCUAAGAAAGAGCGCGAUGCCUUCAUGGCUUCCAUUUCUCAUCGUAUCCCGGGCAAGACUGCAGGGAAGGAAGCUUCCCUCAAGACCAAGCUGGCAUCGUCAUACUGGUCUGAGAGCAGGACCGACAAUCUCGAUGCGUUCCAUAAGAAGUGGCUUCAGUUCAAGCAAUCUCUGGGCCAGGCUGCAGACAAACGUACCUAUUUGAUACAGCACGAUGAUGAGGCCUUUCAGCUAUACAUCGACGUGGCAAAGUUGCUGCGCGCGAAGGUCUUCAAUAGUGCCCUCGCAGCUGAGGAGGGCUUGCCGGGAUACCACAUUUCGAGAAAAAAGCUGGCUCGCGUGGAUGAGUGGUGGAAGGCGAACCCGGAUGAUGACUUGAAGGAUACGCCGUCUGAAUUCAAAGCUGGUCGCACCCACAAAGGUGCCCUCACAGCCGCGCAAAAGCGCGACCUUUUGCAGCACGUCCAAGUUAUGCAGCGCUCCAACUGUGCCUUUACGUCCAAGGAUGCAAAGCAAUGCAUGUGGAAGUAUUACCUGCUGAACAUCGGCGUGUGCAGCGCGGAUCAAGCACCAGAUUGGAGUGACUACGAGCAGUAUGAGCAGGAGAUGGAUGGGGUCUACCGAAACUGGUUUCAGUGGGCUUCCAGCAUCGCGAUCAAGGACAUGCAGGCCCUCAACCGCAAAGUCGUUGGUGUGAAAGGCGAGAAGGCAGCCCUUUGCAGCGAGCAAGCGGACCAAGCUGCUGCAGUGCUUCCGGCCCCUCAGGGCUACAAACGGGCGCCAGAAACAACAAGGUGCACAGCACUUACUUGCAAGGCCAUGGUUGCGAGCUCGAGUCGCUUUUGUCCGGAGUGCGGGACAGCCAACGCGAACUUUGAUGAGGUGAGCCAUGCUGUGAGCUUGGGAGGCCGGUCGCAGGGCUUCAAACGGAAAGCCGCCCCUCUGGUUGACAUGGAGAAUGCUCUCGACUUUGAUGUCGCCAAGAAGAAGAACUUGACAAAAGUAUGGGGGGACAUGAUAUCAAAGGUGCGCGGAGGGGAGGUGCCUGCUGCGGCUUCCGCCGGCUCCACGGGCGAGCAGGCUGUAGCUCCUCUGCAAGCUGCUACCGAACAAGCACUGGUUUCGUCACCUGCGGUUGGGGCUGUGGCUGAGACGCCGGCUGCUGAGCCUGCCAAGGAGCCUGUGUUUGACCUUAACAGCGCGGCGGGCAUCAAGGACCUGAUCUGUGAACUUUUCCCUGAGAAGGACUUGAAGGUCCAUGACCUCACCUUCUUUCCUCUGCCUUCUCUCAUGGAGAACUACGUUGCAGCCUCCAUCUGA